AUGUUAUUCAAAUACACAACUGAGGCAGUAAUAAUGACAAUAAUUUCAUAUCCACUUGAUGCAUAUCCAUUACUCGUCUGCCUUUCUGUUCAUCAAAGUCAAAUUGAUGUUGUGUCUGUCAUCCAAGGUACAAUGUCAAGUGAAGAGACAUAUACUAAUCUUUUAGAAACACGCAAAAAGUUUGAUCGUCGAGCUGAGCUUCUACAUUCGAAAAUUUGUCAUAAGAGUAUUAUCUCGAAUGAAAAUAAUCAAUUGAUGCGAACAGUUAUCUUGAAACCUCAUACUGAAUAUUCAUCUACUGUAGAAAAAAUGAUUAGAGAUUUUCAGAAUUCAUCUAUGCAGAUAGUUCGUAUUGAGAAAGUUGAACAUGCAUCAUGGUCGAUACAAUAUUUUGAACAGAAGAAACAUAUGAAAAUUAUCAAUGUUCAAUCUGAUCAUAAUGAAAGUGAAAAGUAUCUUUUUCAUGGAUGUUCACGUUCAACUGCCGAGAAAAUAAUUCAACAUGGUUUUGAUCAUAAACUUAUUGGCAUGCAUGGUGUAUCAUAUGGCUAUGGAUUUUAUUUUUCUUCUGACCAUUGUAUUAGCCAUAAUUAUACAACUCGAGAUCGGUUAAAUGAUGAUGAAAGAACUAUACUUGUAUGUCGAGUACUUGUUGGUCGAACAUGUCUAGGUAAUCAAACCAUGAGAAUGUGUCCAACUGGAUACGAUUCAACAACAGACGCAUCAAAUAUAUAUGUUGUAUAUUCGAAUCGACAAAUCUUGCCUGUAUAUGUCAUCACUUAUAAAGAAAAACUUAAUGCUCACAUAAACUACUCCGUGGCUCAUAGAAACACAGGAUUCAUUACAGGAAUGUGCAAUCUAUCGUGA